CAUCUCUGGGCGGCGGCGGCAGCGGGCGGUGUCUGCGAGGUCGGUGAGACCCAGGCGGGUGAGGCGCAGACCUCCUUACAGCCUUGAAAAAAAUGACAGAUCUCGUAGCUGUUUGGGAUGUUGCUUUAAGUGACGGAGUCCACAAGAUUGAAUUUGAACAUGGGACUACAUCGGGCAAACGAGUAGCAUAUGUAGAUGGGAAGGAAGAGAUAAGAAAAGAAUGGAUGUUCAAAUUAGUGGGCAAAGAGACAUUCUAUGUUGGAGCUGCAAAGACAAAAGCAACCAUAACUAUAGAUGCUAUCCGUGGUUUUGCUUAUGAAUAUACUCUGGAAAUUAAUGGGAGGAGUCUCAAGAAGUAUAUGGAGAACAGAUCAAAAACCACCAAUACUUGGGUAUUACACAUGGUUGGUGAGAACUUUAGAGUUGUUUUGGAAAAAGACACUAUGGACGUAUGGUGCAAUGGUAAAAAAGAAAUGGAGACAGCUGGUGAGUUUGUAGAUGAUGGGACUGAAACUCACUUCAGUAUCGGCAACCACGACUGUUACAUAAAGGCUGUCAGCAGUGGGAAGCGGAAAGAAGGGAUUAUUCAUACACUUAUUGUGGAUAAUAGAGAAAUCCCAGAGAUUGCAAGUUAA